CGCUCGAGCGCUGCUGAGAGCAAAGUUAGCGAGUGGAGAGGCCGCCCAGGCGAGUCUAACAUGGCGCUGAGCUGGAGAGGGCGCCUGCACGGAGGGGGCGAGGCCGGGGGACUCCCACUGCUCCCGCUGGUGCUUCUAGCGAGCCUCUUCUUGCAAGCCGCCGCGGUGAGAGAAACUCCAGGCUGCAGCGGCCCCUUGGUGCUGGGCAUGAGGCUGGAGAACUCCAGCCAGUCCAUCCCUGACAUCCAUGGGUAUGGCAUUAUCCAGGUGCUGGAAGGCAGCGAGAUCUACCUUCGCCUCUAUGGGAUGGGUAUGCACGCUCGCAUCUACGAGUUAGUCUCCUUCUCCGAGGUAGUCCAGUCCAACGCCAGCUUCAGCUGGGCCAAUGCGACCUGUCCUGAGAAGACCCAGGACCUGGAGGUGGAACCUCGUGUGCACGAAAUCCGGAACACCUCUGCCGUGGUCACUGUGAGGGUCCAGAAACUGCGGAAGGGUGAGCACUCCAAGCUCUAUGUGCUGUGCACCCAGAGUGCUCCUGGGCAGUCCCGGGUGCGGCUAGAGGGCAAUGAUGCUCUCAUCCAAGUGCUUGAGGAGGCACCACGAUUGCUGCCUCUCUGGUUUCAGAUUACCCUCAUAUGCCUCCUCCUGGCACUUUCGGGCAUGUUCAGUGGCCUCAACCUAGGCCUCAUGGCUCUAGACCCCAUGGAACUGCGCAUCGUGCAGAACUGUGGCACAGAGACGGAGAAGCGCUAUGCCCGCAAAAUCGAGCCCAUCCGCCGGAAGGGCAACUACUUGCUCUGUUCCCUCCUUUUGGGGAAUGUUUUGGUCAACACCACUCUCACCAUCCUGCUGGAUGACCUCAUUGGCUCCGGGCUGGGGGCUGUCAUUGCUUCCACCUCCGGCAUUGUCAUCUUUGGGGAGAUUGUCCCACAGGCCAUGUGCUCCCGUCAUGGCUUAGCGGUGGGCGCCAACACCAUCAUUCUCACCAAAUUCUUCAUGCUGUUGACUUUCCCUGUCUCCUACCCUAUCAGCAAGAUGCUGGACUGGGUGCUUGGCCAGGAGAUUGGCACUGUGUACAAUCGGGAGAAGUUGGUGGAGAUGCUGAAAAUAACCGAACCUUACAAUGACCUGGUGAAGGAGGAGCUAAAUAUGAUCCAGGGGGCUCUGGAGCUGAGGACUAAGACAGUAGAGGAUGUCAUGACCCAACUCCAUGACUGUUUCAUGAUCAGCAGUGAUGCCAUACUGGAUUUCAAUACAAUGUCAGAAAUCAUGGAGAGCGGCUAUACCCGCAUCCCUGUCUAUGAGGAGGAGCAGUCCAACAUUGUGGAUAUACUUUACGUGAAAGAUCUGGCUUUUGUAGAUCCUGAUGACUGUACCACGCUCAAAACAAUUACAAAGUUCUACAAUCACCCGGUCCAUUUUGUCUUCCAUGAUACCAAGUUGGAUGCCAUGCUGGAGGAAUUCAAAAAGGGAAAAUCUCAUCUGGCCAUUGUCCAGAAAGUGAACAACGAAGGCGAAGGCGACCCCUUCUAUGAGGUGCUGGGCCUGGUGACCCUGGAGGAUGUCAUUGAGGAGAUAAUCAAGUCGGAGAUCCUGGAUGAGUCGGAUAUGUACACUGACAACCGCACCAAGAAGAGAGUGAACAAUCAGAAGAACAAGAGGGACUUUUCUGCUUUCAAGGAUAAUGACACAGAGUCCAAGGUGAAGAUCUCCCCACAGCUUCUUCUGGCUGCUCACCGGUUUCUUUCUACAGAAGUCAACCAGUUCACCCCUGCCUUCAUUUCUGAGAAGAUUUUGCUUCGCCUGCUGAAACACCGUGAUGUCAUCCAGGAGCUGAAGUUUGAUGAGGAGAACAAGAAGGCACCUCAGCACUUCCUCUUCACCAGAAACAAGCCAGCUGACUAUUUCAUCCUCAUCCUGCAGGGUAAAGUGGAAGUGGAGGCCGGCAAGGAGAACAUGAAGUUUGAAACAGGUCCCUUCUCCUAUUAUGGGGUGAUGGCCUUGAACCCAACAGUUACAACAGCCCCACCAGUCAAACUUGACCGCCAGUCUAUACAGCGAGGGUCCUUGUAUUCCAAGGUGACAGUUUCAGAGGUGCGCUCCCCUUCCCACAUGAGUAACCUGAAUCGCUCGGCAUCGCUGUGCUAUCAUGAGCGCUCUGAUUCCAUCUCCUCCACCUUCAGCGGCAGCAACAACCAGAUCAAUUCCAGUGCCAGCUCCCAGUAUCUCUCUGACUUCAGUGUUCGAGCUCUCAUGGACCUGCAAUAUAUCAAGAUCACACGCCUUCAGUACCAAAAUGGCCUCAUGGCUUCCCGCUUGGAGAGUUGCCCCCAGUCUCCUGAUGGAGAUGGUACCCCCAAAUUGGACACCACCUUGCCCGCAAAGGAAACCCCAACAUCCAAUGAAGUGAUUAGCCUCUUGAAUGAGAAGAACUGCCAGCAUUCCAAGACGAACCACAGCUCUCCAGAUGAAGUUGUCUGACCCUGGCCCUUUGGUGACCAGGUUUCGGCCAGCUCGCCCCAGUCCUUCCCUUCCAAAGACAGCAAAGUGGGGAGGGUGGGGAAAACAUCCAGUGCCCACGAGAGAAUUUUGGUCAUGCAACUACAAAUGUCAGGUAGUGGAUGCAGCCAGGGAGAAGAGGAAGGCAUUUCCCCUGCAAAUCUCAAUGGCUUUUCUCUCAAAGGCACACACCCCUCCACUUUCCAGGCAGGAUUGGGCUUGAUAGGAUAAAGACAGGCCAACUAGGAAAGGAAACUGCACAGUUGCCAAUGAGAAGAAUUAACAGGUUCUGGAUGCUAAAGGGAAUCCUGGCUUCUGGAGCAUCAGAACUGUAUGAUCCACGAGGAUUUCCAAAGGGAGCUUGCUUGCUGCUGAGUUUUUUUCCUAUGCUGGCUUUUCAUUUAAACAGAAGAAAAUGGAGAUAAGUAAUCUCAUAGCUGGCACGCUCGGAAGGCAACGGUCCGGUUCCAGAGUUGGUCCAGUUCUGGUUCCCUCUUCCACAGAGCACUCAUGGGGGGAGGGGGUUGUUCCCUGUCUCAGUGAACAGGUACAGAGGCUGCACAGACAGACCUUGCCAGGAGGAGAUGAAAGCCGUGGCUGUGGGCUACCACGACACAAGCAGAAGUCUGCUGACAGGCAGGAAUCAUCUGCCCAUCUCAGGAAGUUCUGAUUCUUGUAUGUUGUCUGGGGUUACAAUGUUCUUCUUCUUCUCUCUUUUUUGUUCAGUUUUGUUUUGUUUGUGAGCAUCACUCUGGAGAGACAUUGUGCAGGGGUUUGAAGAUGGGUGGAGGUCCAUCCUCCUCACCUGCCUUCUUCAAGAGCUCCGUUGCUGGGGAGUGAUAUUUCUCAGUACACACUCAGUUUCAGGCUAGAAUCAUCUCAAGGAAUCAUAACAAGGCUGGACCAGAUGAGCAACAGGGAAAUGAUUGAUUCCUGAGGUGGUUGAAUGUACGGUUCCGCUUGUCCCUGCAUGUUUUUGAACACUCUGCCAAAAAAAGGCUCAGCACAGCAGGGUUGAAACCUUUCCCUUGAUAGGUACUUUUCUACAUGCAGGGAGGAUUUUUUUUUUUUAAAUAUGAGAGCAUUUUUUAAAAUAUGCCCUCUAGAAGCAGUCUAACGUUACAACCCAUUCUAUCCCCAUGGGAUGUCUCAUUCUGUUGCAGAUGUAGACCACUCCAGAAUAGGAAUCCUUAGACUUUUAAUUUCAAAAUAGAGUGUAAGGAUCCUUGACAGAUCUGCUGGUAGUCCCAGAACUGGGGGGUGGGUGGGAUCCAAUUCUGGGUAGCAUUGGGCACAUGAGGUUGCGUGCAGCAUUGAGAAUGUGGGCUGCAGCCUUUCAUGUGCUUAUAGGGCAGGUGGAGUGUCCAGUGCAGGACUUUUAGCAUCUUUUGGAGAUGACUUUGAAUAUAUGGCCAUAAUUGUAAUAAAUUUGUUUGUUUCAUCCCCGUUA